AUGGAACCAGAUAUUAUUCGCAUGUACUCCUCAUCUCCUCCACCACUAGACAAUGGAGCUGCUGAUGAUGAUGAAGAUGAAUUUGGAGAAUUUGGAGGAUUUUCUGGUGUAAGCACUACUGGUGUAGCUUUUUCUGAUUUUGAUACACCAGACUACAGUCAUCCAAAGGAAGAGUUUAUACCCACAAAUCAUUUCCUCCCACUUCAUGACUAUUCUGACAAUGUAUCUAACAUUGCAGCUUUCACAUCCCUUAAAAAUGUUAAAGAUAAAGACUGCCUUGCAGAGCGGCCUAUUCUUACUAAGGAACUUUCUGAUAUGUCUGCUACUAGUACCAGCAAAGAAAAAUCUAAGUUUAGAACUUCAGGUACUGAUUUAGAAGAUGUAAGCAAAAGAUGGGAAAAAAGAGACAACACUGGGAAAUCUGAGGGUUUUUCUUCUCAUGUCAAUAGAACUGAUACAGCAGUCGAGAGCCAGGACAAGCAAAUAGAUGCUUGUAAUGGUGAGAAACUUCCAUGUCUAGAGAUUCUAACAAAUGGAUUUGCAGCAUCAGACCCUGUGAAUCCUCAGGGAACAGAAAAUCUAGACAGUAUCAGUGAUUCAAUGCCUAGCUCAGGUGAAGAUUUUGCAAAUUUUGCUGCAUUCUCAAGCAAAACCCCAAUCUCUUUAGAGGGAACAGCACCUACAAUAUGCAUUGUUCUUAAUGAAAGAGACUCUCUGAGCAUUCAGAAGAACAACAGAAUAAACAGAGCAACUUGUACUGAAGAAGAGGUUUGCAUUUCAGAAAUUAGAUGUGAGCAGGGUUCCUCAGCACUGGAAGAUAAUGAGUUUCCAAUUUCUAGUAUGUCUCAAACAACUGGAAGUUCAAUAUGCACUACUGAAAAUAGCGAAUGCAAUGGGAGGAGAAGACAGCAUGGCACAGAAAAUGGCAAAGAUUUUGCUAGGCCUGAUGACUUUUUGGGAACAGAGGACAUCAGGGUUGAGAAGAUCCAAAGCCAAAGUGGUGAUUCUGCAGGAGAAAAAAUAAGUGAUUCUGAAAAUCUUAAGAAUGGUGCAAGUAUUACUGAAGGUGCAGCUUGUAGUAACACACACGAUGAUGAUUUUGCUGAUUUUGGUGCAGUCUGCAGUGCGUCUACCAGCUCUGCUAAUGCUCAAGAAUCAAUAAAUGCUCUGGCUUUAGAAGGAACUGCCAAACAGCCCACACAUAUUAGUGAACCUAAUGAUGAAUUUGGUGAAUUCAGGGACACAAGUACUGUUUUUCAGCAGCCAGCAAGAUUGGAUCAAGCUGAACCAAAUCAGACUGCUGACACUUUAGAAUGUGAUAGCAGUAAAACUUCAGACUUUGACUUCCAGCAUACUACUGAAGCAGAAAAGGGUGAUGAUAGUGAAUUUGGAGACUUUGAUUCAGUGCCAAAACCUCAAGAUGAGAGUGUUGCUUUUCAGGACUCUGACUUUACAGACUUCAGUUCAGCAGGCUGUAACCAGAAUACAGACUGGAAUGCUUUUGAAGAUGAACAAAAAGACAGCUGUUCUUGGGCUGCCUUUGGAGAUGAGGAAGCUGGUGAAUCUCAUCACAGAAAAGAGACAUGGCAGUCACAUAGGACAGAUGCAUCUGCCAGGACUGGUGAUCCACUUUUACACAAGGCUGGCAGUUUUGCUUUAGCAUCUUCCGAAGGAACUACCAGUAAGCAAUCUCAAGAGCCAACACCUUCAGUUCAGACAACAUUGCAAAGUCGUCUGGAACGAAUAUUUGAAGUCUGUUUUCCUUCCAUGCCUGUCGUUGAAGUUGAAGAAGAAAUAAGUUCCUUGAAUCAUUUAUUGGAAGCAGUUCAAAAGCAGAAGACAGCUGAGGAGACCUUAGCAAAUACUGGGGAACUGAUGGACGUGUGGACAGAGCUGCAGGAUAUCCAUGAUGCGUAUGGACUGAGAUACCAGUGGGGUGGCUCCCACAGCAACAAAAAGCUUUUGUGCUCCUUGGGAAUCGACACAAGAAAUAUUCUCUUUACAGGCAACAAGAAACAGCCUGUUAUAGUACCCAUGUAUGCAGCAGGACUGGGUAUGUUAGAGCCUACCAAGGAACCUUUGAAACCAAUAUCUGCGGCGGAAAAAAUAGCUUCAAUAGGACAGACACCUCCUGUAUCACCAGAGAUGAGCACGUGUACAUCUGAUCAGUUCCAGGAAUCUCUACCACCUGUCCAGUUUGACUGGAGUAGCAGUGGCCUUACUAACCCUUUAGAUGCUAGUGGAGGUUCCACUCUUCUGAACCUUGAUUUCUUUGGGCCCGUGGAUGACAGUAGCUCUAGCAGCACCACCACAAUCCCAGGUGUGGACCCUGAGUUGUAUGAAUUGACCACCUCAAAACUGGAAACUUCCAAUGCAAGCAACAGAGUGACUGAUGCGUUUGCAAGACUCAUGUCCACAGUGGAGAAGGCAAGCACGUCCACAAGGAAAUCUAAAAAGGAAGAACAUCUCAGUGAAGAGGCUGCCAAGGUGAUUUCUAGCCUUCCUGACUUAACUUUCAUGCAUGCCAAGGUGUUGAUGUUCCCAGCCACAUUAACACCUUCAACAAGCUGCCAAGAAAAGGUAGACUAAAGUGAUGUGAAUUGGACGUUUUCUAUUGAUUUGGUUUUUUUCUUCCCAAUGUGGGUCGUAAAAAGCAAUCUUGCUUUAAUUAAAAAAAAAUCAAGUUCAGAUGAUUUGUUGGUAAGCAGCACUAGAAAGGUAUACAUAGUAAUGUAUAUUUAUUUACAUACUGGAGUCCUAAAUUUAUAUUAGAGAAAAUGUAAAUAAUUGGGGGUAAAUCUUUUUGAAGAUCUAUUCUUUUUUGUUGUGCUGGGGUGUAUACAUUUAUGUCUUUGUGAAAUACACUGGUGGUGUCCUUCUUACAAAAAUUUAAAAAGUUUAAAAAAAAAUAAAAAAUCCUAGAAACACAAAAUAAAAACUUUGAUCUUCACAAUCAGUGAAGUCCCCCUUAAAGGUUUUCAGAUUGC